CGGAUGGGGAUACACUGCGAAGGAGGAGUAAGGGGCGAGAAGAGUGUAUUUCUUCUCUUCUCCGGUGUGUUCUCUCUCUUGCGCCUGGCUUCUCUCAUGAGGUCUUAAUUUCAGUGCCGGCUCUGAGGAUGAGGAGGAUCUGUUUGUGAGGAAGACGCAACAAAGGAAGAGGGAAGAAGGAGCAACAGGGUGGUAAAUUCUGUGAGCAGGAGAGAACCAGAAUAUCUCUUCUUUUUCUCCAGGAUCAAACAAGGACUCCUGACUCCCAGCAGCAGUCAUGUGACAGGAGCUGUCAGCGAGAGGAGGAUGCCCACAUCCAGCUAAAGCAGAACAGCCCUCCCCCUUCCCUGCCGCUCCCUCCCUUCCUCCCGCAUGAGGACAAGAAGAUGACUAUCACCAACCGGCAGUCCUUCAAUGUCCUGACAGUCAUCUUUCUCCUGCUGUCCACUGCAGUUUUUGUGUUCCCCGCCACUGCAGCCCUCUCUGCUCAUUACCGAGUGUGCGAGCCCUACUCUGACCACAAAGGCCGUUACCACUUUGGCUUUCACUGCCCGCGGCUCUCGGACAACAAGACUUACAUGUUCUGCUGUCACCACAACAACACCGCCUUCAAGUACUGCUGCAACGACACGGAGUUCCAGACAGUCAUGCAGGUCAACCUCACCACCUCUUCGGACGGUUAUUCACACAAUAAUUACACAGCCCUGGUGGGCGUGUGGAUCUACGGCUUCUUUGUCAUGGUGCUGCUGGCCCUGGACUUUCUCUACUACUCAGCCAUAAACUACGAGCUCUGCCGGAUCUACCUGGAGAAGUGGGGUCUGGGAGGACGCUGGCUGAAGAAGGCAAGGAAUCAGUGGCACAGGUCCAUGCCAGAGGAAAGCGAGGUCUAUGCUCAGGCCCAGCCCAUGGUCCCCAGCCACAACCAGCCCAGACACAGCCUUCGAGGAGAGAGCCAGAGCCCUACGCUCCUGCCCUACAACACAUCCACAGCAUGAGAAUGAUGCUGUGAGUGAAGAACCAGAAGAGUAGCAUCACCUGAUUUCCUUACAUGGUACAGAGAAGAUGUCCCACAGUCGCCCAUCUCUGCACCACAGACUCAACACCACUGUUGGCCUAGCCAUACUGUAGUAGUUUGUAGUGACUACUGCCCAUUUCCAAUGAGCACAAAACACCCGUGAACUGACUGAAGCCGGGCUGGAUGACAUUUUGAAGGAGCUAAACAAACAGGACUUUACUGCUGCGCCAACAGCAGAGGAGCAAGGGAUAUAUUCAACUCAUCAAAGGGUUCAAAAAUGACCCCCUCCACCCCAACACAGCUGAAAAGGCUUGCAGCAUCCAACUCCAACUCCAACUUGAACUGGAUGAGCUGCUGUUGCAAGUGCAAAAUCUUGCCUGUCUUUAAAAAAAAAAGUAUAUUUCUAGAUAUAAAAUGUUAAUUACACUGCUGUGUCACUUUGUGUUCAGUAGCAGUUAGACACAGUUGUGGGUUAUCUAUUUGGUGAUUUAUUUAUGUGAACUAGUCUGAGAAGUAUAUGAGUGGCUAACUUACUGAAUAUGUAACAGCUUAGGUUUGAUGCUGAGCAUCUCACUUAGAAUGUAGAGUGUUUUUGUUACCCACUGAAACAAGACAAAAUGUGUCUGCAGCCAUGCUGAAAAACAUUAUCUUGCGUGUUUUUUCUGCAAAACAAGUGAUUAGACUGUAUUGUGUCUGAUAAGAGGGCAGCGCCAUAUUCCUGUUGCUUUAAAAGCUUGACAUUAAGUCACUGAUAGUUAUAGUUCUGCCUCUUCACCCAAAACAUUACUGAGGAUCAGGGAUGCCUUCAUGACAGCAAGGAACUUUAUGCCAGGUUAAACACAACCGUGACCCCAAUGAGCCUACAACCAACAACAAACCCAGACCGUAGAAGUGUGGCAUUUUCAUUUGUCAGAGCUGCAUGUCAAGCAGCUUCAUUAGCAAUAUAAUGCAAGUGAUUAUCCAUUAGCUCCUUUAUAAGGAGCGCUCUAUAUCCUGCAAUGUUAAUGAAAGCGACCAUAAGAGAGCAUUUCAAGCGAUUAGCCAUAAUAGUAAAUGUUUCAAAACAGUCCAUUAACACCCCUUUCACUAUCAGCAAUAAUGUACAGCAGCUUAAUCAGAGGGACAUGGUACGUAGAAGUCAGAAAGCUCUUUCUGGGUAAUCAGUGAGGUAUGUCGCUGCAGCUCGGUCUGCAUUUAAUGUGAAGGUGAAGUCUGUGAAAUCGAGAUUAAGUAUUAAAGGAUGAAAAUCUCCAAAGAUUUCUGUGUCAGCUUUGACGGAAGAAAAUCGUUCAAUUAUCACCACUUUCUAAAGGAAAGCUCUCACAACACUUUAGGAUAACAACUAAUCAUCACUCUCACUUGCCAUUUCCUUUCUCAUAAGAUAAGGAAAUGUGGAGUUCAUCAUUUCCAACAGUUAAUUUGUCUAUUCUGGAUGAACAAAUGAGUAGAAUUAGUAAUAAAGAAUUAAAAUACAACAAGGAGCUAGGAAUUAGACAUUAAUUAAUUAAUUUUGCUCAUUCAGGCACUAAAUCUGUAUUUUAUUGGUUUCAAUUAUUUGAUGGCAUCUUCUUCUUCUGUUGACCAGGCAUCCAGAGUUCAGAGAUAUGCAAUCAUAUCUGACUGCAGACGAAGGAAAAGUUGCAUGUAGCUGGAAGUAAAAUGUUAUUCUUAUUGAAAAAUGAAUCACUAAAAACUACUGAACUGAUUAUCGGAAUCAACAAGAUUUUAUGUCAGUUGACAAAUGAAAUCAAAUCUGAUUGUUCAGCCAAACGUUACCCCUCCAUGGCUCACUCUGGAUCCGUUGGUCCAGUGCACUUUCUCAGAAAUCCUUCAGGUGAAAACUGUGGAAAGGAUUCGUUAAUGUCAGCUUUUAUACAUGUCACAGGGUGUUAAAACCAGGUGAACAGAAGAUACACGGAGUAGGAGCAAGGUGUCUGUUCCAAUCUUUGCAUCGGCAAUUUGUAAUUUGACAGCUGUCGAGCGUGAACAUCUGCCAAAAGCUAACUGGGUAGCAUUUAUAGUUCAGAGUCGAAAAAAUCAGGUCCUACACAAAUUUGUGCAAACAAAAGGAAGUCUAGCAAGAGAUUUGAGCCUUCAUAUUUUAUCUCUAUGUUCCAUGAGGUUAAAGUAGAACCUAACAGGCCUGCCAGCGUCGUCCUCAGUUAUCAGCAAUAAUAUUAAAAUUUGCUGAGUUGUAAGAGUGACUUAAUUCCCUUUUCAAUAGCUUAAGUUUAAUUGCAUAUGUGCCCCGGGAGAUUUGUGCCAUUACUUCCAGGGGCAAGGGAGAAAGGAUGUGUCCAAAUAAAAUAAUUGGUCAGGAGAUCAGAAGUGGCUCCAAAUUGCUCUCACUUGCUCUCUCUGUUCCCAGAGUGUGAACAGCAGCAGCAAACAGGGAGGUGAGCUUUUUCACAGAGGCAGCAGGACAUGGGAGACUUAAUUAGUUUCCAAACUUGGAUAGGUGACAGAAGAAAUGAUGUCAGAAAGAGAAUAUGUUCAUUUUAAGGUGAUCUGUACAGUGUGUUUUGGCCUGUAAUAAGGACAAGGAGCUCUGUUCUUAUCACCAGUUAUGUAAAACAUCGGUCACACCCAGGGAAUAUAUACAGUACAUAUAUAUAAAAAAGAUAAAAGCUUCUCUUUGACUCUGGCGAGCAGUAGCAGAGUCAAAUUUGGAUUCCCUAAAGAGGUAUAUGGGGAAUCUUCCUCUGUUUUUAAUGUUACUUGGUUUUGUGAUGUUUUCUGUUUUGUUAAAAUAAAACAAACAAAAAAAAAGUUUUGACUAUGGCCUGAUGUGAUGUGGUACUGUAAAUCGUAUCAGCUCAACCCUCUUCCCAUAAUAUAAAAAAUGGAGAAAAAAAAACCUUAAAUACAAAAGAUGGGAAGAAGGAAGCACAUAUGUUUCAGUCGCUCCAGGUUGUCAUGGUAACAGUUGCCUUACAGUUAAAUUUUAACCUGUACACCGAAGCUUUGUAGUGGUUGAUACCUCACUUUUUAGGUGUGGUGAUGAUGAUGUUGAUGAUGAAGAAUCACAUUCUGUCUAUGUACUAACUACUAGAUGGAAUGUACCAUUUUCAGUUGGAUUGUUAUUGCACUUGUUGACUUUGUAUCGUCACGACAGGGAGAAAUAAAGUUUUAUCUUUUCCAGUGUGUUUAAA